AUGUCUUCCGCAGGAACGCGGGUCUUCAGCACUGGUGGAACGAGGGCGUUGAGAUGGGCGGGAGCGACCAAGAACGACAUCAUCGCUCAGAACCCAGGCAAGAACGGCGCCAAUGUAAUCAAGGCCAUUGAAAAGCUGGAGGCCGAGGCUGAAAGAAAAAUAUUCUACAUCUCCGGCAUUGCCAGCGUGCUGCCUGACGGCUCUAUCGCCGGCAUCGAGGAGGGCAAACCUCCCAAGGCUAGGACUCAAACCAAGAUAAUUCUCAGCACAAUCGACAAUAUAAUAAGAGGCGCCUCUGAUGACAAAGGCGGCGUGCAGAGUUUGAUCGAUGCUGUGGUCUAUCUUACAGAGAUGGAGAGGGAUCAUGCUGGCAUGAAUGAGGAAUGGAACGAGGUGUUUGGGAGCCGGGUUGUGGCUCAAGCUAGAGCUACGAUCGGAGUCAAAGAUUUGCCAGAUCCGCGGUUUGUCGUCGAGAUCAAGGGCGUGGCUGUAGUGCAAGAUUGA